AUGCUCGCUGGUAACCCAAUUCUUCGCAAUACCACUGGCGAGUCCCGCGGUAUCUGCCAUCGCUGCAUUUACAAGGACUCACAGCCCUUUGGUGGCGCUCCGUGUACAGGAGAAGAUACAACAUUCCUCCCCAACCGCAUGUGCGAAGGUGGCAUUCGUACCCAAGUCACCUUCCCUACAUGCUGGGACGGCGUCAACCUCGACUCGCCAGAUCACCAGAGCCACGUCGCAUAUGCAGAGAUCCCGUAUGAGCCAUACUUCCCGCCCAUGGCUACAUUUCCGUAUACACCCGAGCAGCAGAGGGGCAAGUGUCCAGAGGGCUAUCCCGUGCAGCUUCCGCAAAUCAUGUAUGAGGUCAUGUUCGACACGACCCCAUUCAAUACUCCUGAGCUGUGGGGCGAGGAGGGGACGCAGCCAUUUGUGUUCAGUAUGGGCGAUGCGACCGGCCAUGGUAACCAUGGUGAUUAUAUGUUCGGUUGGAAGGGCGAUGCGCUGCAACGAGCGCUGGACGCACGGUGCAGUAACGAUCAAUGUAGCGAGUUGGCUAGGCAGAGCGACGAAGACGCGAUGAAGUGCAGUAUUCCGCAGACGGUGGUUGAGGAUGUCGACGGAUCUGAGACAUGGCUGAAGAGCUUACCGGGUGGAGUGCAGAUCAACGAUGGCAUGUAG